AUGACCAUCUCGUUGGACCUAUUGCACAUUGCGUUCAAAAGAAAGCCGGAGAUGUUUCUUAAGCUGAGUAAUGCCAAUGAUGGACACUUAGCUGCUGGUCGUAAUGGUGUCAAGCGUCUUCAUACGGUCAGGCAUCCAAAUAUUUUAUCAUUUCUUCACAGUACUGAGGCUGAAACUUUUGAUGGUUCAAAUACCAAGGUUACUAUCUAUAUUGUCACUGAGCCUGUUGUGCCACUGUUAGAAAAGAUCAAGGAAUUAGAAUUAGGUGGUACACAAAGGGAUGAGUAUUAUGCAUGGGGACUUCACCGGAUAGCUAAAGCUGUGAGCUUCUUAAAUAAUGAUUGUAAGCUUGUUCAUAGUAAUGUUUGUCUGGCCAGUGUUGUUGUUACUCAAACAUUGGACUGGAAGCUGCAUGCGUUUGAUCAAUAUGAGUGGCUUGUUGAUUCACAAUACAAAUCGAUGGAGUUGCUAAAGUCUGAUUGGGCAACAAUUAGAAAAUCUCCACCUUGGGCUAUUGAUUCUUGGGGAUUGGGUUGUCUUAUUCAUGAACUUUUGUCUGGUAUGAAGCUAAGCAAAACAGAAGAGCUGCGUAAUACUUCUUCCAUACCGAAGGUUGAAUUCAUCAAAGCUUGUGGAAAACUGUGUGCAAAGCAUGUAUUUGCAGAAUAUUUUCAAAAUAAAUUGGUGGAGACCAUACAGUUCAUGGAAAUUCUUAAUUUGAAGAACAGUGUUGAGAAGGAUACAUUCUUCCGUAAGCUUCCAAAUUUAGCAGAGCAGCUUCCUCGCCAAAUUGUGCUGAAAAAGUUACUUCCUUUACUAGCUUCGUCCUUAGAAUUUGGUUCGGCUGCUUCCCCUGCUUUGACUGCAUUGUUGAAAAUGGGUUCAUGGCUUUUGACUGAAGAAUUUAGCGUUAAGGUACUGCCAACAGUUAAACUUUUUGCCUCCAACGAUCGGGCUAUUCGAGUUGGUUUGCUGCAACACAUUGAUCAAUAUGGGAAGUCAUUGUCAGCAAAAAUUGUUGAUGAGCAAGUAUGCAGCCAGUCAUAA